CGUUUUUGUGAUAAUGUAGCUGAGACAAGCACGAGCUUUAUUAUGUUUGAAAGUUUGACACGCCUUGGCUUGCACACUUGUGGGGCUUCGGCACUGUGCAUUAUUAUUUAGGAGGGCGAAAGUCUGCACAUUCCCAUACUUAUUUUUAAAGAGAGAAUAAGUAUGUAAUGGCCAAUAGCCCAAAACUGUCACUUGCUAGCAGCCUUUUGGAGGAGGUUUCAGCACCGUUACCUAGCAACGAGACCCCGCUAGUUGUCAUGCACGCUGCUGUCACCGCGGGUCCAGACGUUCAGCGCUGCCUUUUAUCCAUUAUUAAUGAUGCCACAAAAACGAAACCUGUUCAGGAAGGCAUAUGUCAAGAAAGAUGGGGGGGAAAUAUUAAACCAUCGCUGCUAGUUUCAAGACCUGGAUCAACUUAAAGGUAAUGGCACACUACUGAAGAAGAACCAGCCGGCUAAACACAACCAAGAGUCCAUGGAGGGAGACCUGGGAGAGUCGGAUGAGAAUGUUCAGGGGGAGGACAGACCCGUAGUGCUGUGGGAAAAAUGCAUCGAGCAGAGCUUCUUUGUUGAUCUCAGUGAGGAUGAAAGUCUCCACUUAAGUGAUCUGGAGAGUUCUUUGGCCUUGCAUCUGUCCCAGGCAGAGUCUGCUGCCUCUGAAGCAAGCAUCCAUCUUAGUGGGGAUGCGGAGCUGUCUGGCUUGGAUGACUCCUCCUCAGAGAGCAGUGUGGGCAGUCAGAGCGGCAGGGUUCUAGAGAGCAGUUCCAAGAGAAACCUCUUACAUGUGUCUUCCCAAAGAUCAAACACCAUGCAAGAUAAGCAGGGAAGUGAGGACACUGGACAAAAUACCAGUGAUGAGGAUCAGGAGGACUUGCCAUAUGAUGGAAACAUUAGAAGCCCUUACUUCAACAAGAAAGAUUCCUCUGAGGGAAACAUUAGCUCUGAUGGAGGACACACUGUUCAUGUAAGUCCUGAUCUUUCUGGUCAGCUUGAAUUGGUGCAAGAAGAUAUCAGCACAAAGCAGGACAAUGUUUUUGAUGCUUCCAAGCAAAGUGAGCUUGGUGGACCGCAUCCUGGUGCUGCAGACAUUAACCAGUUAUUGCUGCGGCAUUUCUCCCACGAGGAAUUGCUGCGGUUGGGUAGGCUGAUCGAGGCAGAGACCCUGCCAGAGGUGUCCCUGUUGGAGAGUGCAGACGACAGUGUUUUUAGCCGGGCUCCAACACACAACAGCAAAGCAGUGAAUAAUAACCACACAGAGAGCUCAGAUGAAAAGAGUAAUGCUGCAUCAAAAAAAGCAAGUUCAGAAGAGCAGAUAGAAAAGAAGACUCCUACUUUCACAUCUGGUGCUUAUGCAAACAGCAUGUCCAACUCUGAAAGUACAGAUUCUAAGCAGAGCAUUGGGGAUUUCAGUGCAGAUGAAGUAAAGCAGGACAAAGCAGAUGAGGAGGAAGAGCAGGUUCAGAGAGUUCCUCUGGUGCGUACAAGAUCCUUCAGCGAGAUGAAGUAUGGCCAAGGCCAAGUCCAUUACCCGCUCCCCGACUUCUCCAAGGUUGCCCCUAAAGUGAAAAUCCCCAAAACCCCAGCCAGAUCACUUCCUCAGUGCCCUAGCACCAUUCACAGAGCUCAGUCUUCCCCAGGCACGUUAGAGGUGAUCAGCAGAGUCUUGGAGGACUCAGUCCUGCCAGCCGGGAAAGCUAAUGUCUUUAAAGAUGAAGAAAAGCACACUCCUCCUGCACUGGUGCACCAUCUGCAGGCUGAAUAUGAUAAAUUACUCACCAAAUACGCAGAGGCAGAGAACCUCAUUGAUCAGAUGAGACUAGGAACCAGUAAUCAGCCCUCCUCAGAACUCAUGCUUUAUUUAGAGGAUGAUGAUGAAGAUCAGGGGCAGUUAGCUGAGCUGAGCCAUCUUGGAUACAAAGCUCCUCAUGUUCCCUCAUCAGAAAGCUUAAAUGAAAAAGCUGAGUCAGCUGUCGUCAGCACCAUUAAGGAGGCGGCCGCAGCUUCCUCCAGCGAGCUUCAGGAUAAUCCUAGUGAUGGGGAAAGGAUGACCGCUGAGCUGAGAGACAUCAUCAGCCAGUUCAUGCAGAAGGUGGAUGAAUUUAGAUUUACUGUGAGCAACAUGGCUGUAAGCACAGAAGAAAAGCAAAUGAUGUUGAGGAGCAUGAUGGAGGCUCAAGACCAGUUGGAAAGAAAAUACAUCAGUAAGAAGGAGGAGCACAGAGCUCUGGAGAUGCAAAACUACAUGGGCUUAUCCAGGAACACUGGCACUUUUGAUGCUAACAGACUAGUGGAAGGAGACAUAUUCAGGAUAGGCAUGCAUCUUGAGGACAUUAAGGAGAUCAUAGACAAAAACGUGUGUGAUCAGAUUUCUCCUCCUCACUCAACAUCCACUCCCACGUCCACGACUGUACCCACUCCUGUCUGCAUGUUCACACCUUCACCUCCACCUUCCCUGCAUGAGGGGCAAAGUUAUAAGAUGGACACAGAAGAAGAAGCAGAAGGGGGCAGUGACCUUCAGAUAAAUGGUGGAUCAGACCAAAGUAGUGAGCUCGUAACUGCUGACCCUCUAGUGAAAAACUCUGGACAUGGCAGCUGCCAGUUACGGUAUUCUUCUCUGGCCUGUUUUAGGGACUCAACGAGCACCUUGGUUGGACUUGAUGUCUGUAAAGCUGAGGAUGAGGAUGAGGAGAAGAGCUCUGGUUUGUCAGAGGUGGCAGAUCACAGUGACAUCUUAGCUUACCUGUGUGGAAACAAGACCACCUCACACGAGCAGUGGACAGUCAGCAGCCACAGCAUCGAGGAUAGAGUCUCCAGACAAAAGGAUGAAUGUGAUCUGGGUGAUUGUGUUAGUCUGGCAGUGGAGGUCUCCUGUUCCUCUGAUGCACCAAGAGGCUCAGAGAGCCACAGCCGCUCAGAGCCGGAUGUCAACACCUCAUGUGCCUCGCAGAAGAUGGUGAGUUCAGAGACAGACAGCGGAUUUGGGAGCUCUUACUUGAAUCAUUCGGGCUCGGGAUCAUUUCAAUCAAAUCUGCUUCCAGAAAGUGUGCUGUCCCAGAAAGAAGGUUUAAGUAGCUCAGACAGUGAAGACUCGUGCUCCCACCUGCAAACAGCCAUCCAUCCUGCCAUCACUGGCUACCAGUGGGCCAGCCCCCACCCAUCUGUCCUAACACAACACUGUGGAGCAACAGCUGCAGUGGAUCUGUGGGUGGACAGUACCACUAAGAAACCUUCAGCAAUGCUGCAAGGAUCUGACCAAAGCCUGUCUGCUCAGCACCAUCAGCUCAUAUCUCAACCUCUACUUGGCACCUCCAUGGAUACUGAUGGCAGAGGCAGCCCUCUGCGCUCCUGCUCUUGUAAUAGUGAGGCUAUAAUGGCCUUGCAAUCGGAGGUGUCUAGGCUAAAGAAGGACCUGGAGGUGGGCUUAGUGCAAUUACCUCACUUAGCUCAGAAGAUGGACUAUCUCACCUCAAAAUACAGACAAGAGCGCCAGGAGUGCCGGUCCAGAACCAGGACUUACCAAAGUCCAGCCUGUAACAGAGUGGGGAGUAUCAGCAGCAGAUAUGUGAGUAAGGCAAGGCUGGAGGACUGGAUCUCAUCAGACAUGGACCCCAGCCAGAGCAAAGGCACAGACAGCAGUGAAACAAUCUCUGAGAUAAUGUUGCAGUUACACAGUUCACCAACAGGGAGCAGAAAAGGUGGCAGAGGCGUAUCCUCGGGACCUGAGUUUCAGUUUAAACAACAGGCGGUCCAGCCCAAAGGAGUUUCUCCUGCUGAGUGGACAGAGGGAGGUCGCUCACUGGAAACUUCUGGGUUGAGAAGCUGCAGUUUAAAAGGAAAGAACGACAUGAUGUCUGACUUCAGACCACAGAUCGUCACAAAUAGUUUAUACUCCAAGGACAGAUGGUCUCUUCUCUCCAGCUCAUUUCUCCAGAAGCCGCUAUUGCAGGUCAGCUACGGCUCCUCCUGCAGUCUGCCGGCCAGCUAUAAAUUAAGGGAGCCACCGCUGCAGUCCAUGUCCCAUCACAGAAGACGUUCCACUCAGUCUGACACAGCACUCCUGCCCAGCAAUGUGUACUUUCAGCGGACACCGUCUCCAUCAUCGGUGCCCUUCAAGACUGGCAGCAGGACAAGCAGACGUAGCAGGAGCAAGGAAGAAGACGUGAACAGGACUCUGGACCAGGCGAUUGAGAUGGCUCGCAGCAUGAAGAGGACCACUGACCGCAUGGCCAGGAGGCUGUCUGCAGAUCUGGCUAAGGCUCAGCUACACAGGAAACUGCACCACAUGCAGUCACAAGGUGGAAGGAAACACCUGGAACCUGGCUAUGGAUGAGUUUAUACUCUCAUCUCUUUGCCUGAUACCUUUAUGAAAUAUAUUUUAAUUAAAGUAUAUCUGAUUCACAGAUGUGAUCUGUGAUACGUUUGUUUUUGUUUUCUUUUGUUUUAAACAGUAUCGUCUAUAGUAGUAACACGUAUAGUACGUUUUGAAAGUUACUGAUAUUUUUUAUCAAUGGGCAACAUUUUUUUAAUAUGAAUUGUCUACAUGUUUUGAUUUGAUCUCAAGGCCUCUGAAGAACAUUUUUAUCCAUCCAUCUUAACUGUAUUCUUACCAAAAUGUAUUCAAAAUAAAUGCUGUGAGGCACAAUGUGAUCUCAUAGUGACGACAACGGUAGACAUAGAGUACAUUGCGACAAGUUGAAGCAAUAAAUGUAAACUUUAUUUUCACAAUGCUCCAUGUCACUGAACACCCUGGUAAACUUUUUUUAAUGUCAGGUGAAAUAUAAGAAGUGAAACUACAGUGAAUGUAUGAUUUACAGAUGGAAAAUGUAGGAAGAAAACAGAUGAAAUUGGGUGCUGCAAGUGAAAAUACAUCCUUAACCAUCCUUAGACAUCAGGUGACUCUCUCUGAUAUUUCACCUCUUUACUUUGCCUGCUUCAGUUGUAUGUUUGUGAUCAUUUUCCUGCAGAAUCAUGCAGUGAGUUUUAUGCGUUUGGCAUUUGUAGUUUUUUCCUGUUUGUACCGACUUUGUUUUUUUCUUUUAACUGUGAUGUCAGUGCACAGAUUUGGAGACAAUACCUCUUUCUUACGACUCUCAGUAAAUGAUAAGAAACAG